UGGACAAUUAAUUAUUAUUCCAAGUCCGACUAUUCGCACUUUAUUGAGUGAACUGCCGCCAUACCAUUCAAACGGUGUCAACUCAACAUGCCGCGCUACGUCGUCUACUUCUACCACCGGUACGUGGACUUCCGCUUCGCCGAGUUCGAUGCAGUUCUCAAGAUGCAAGGUAUCCACGAUCCUUCCACCGUAUAUGCGCAUCCUCCAACAGCGCUUGAUGGGACUACGCAGUCGCCAUUUGUUCAAGUCACACUGCCGUCCGACGAGGUCGCUGCGGCCAUCUCUGCGCGCUGCGUAUUGGUGAAGGGUAUCUACGGCCUCUUGGCCAGUGGCGCAACGUACGACGACGUAUUACAGCAAGUUUUGGCCGAGCAAUCUCCUUUGCAUCCGGCAGAUGGGACAUGGAGCUUCUGGGUGGACUGCUUUGGCCUGCGCUUGUCUUUGCAGGAACAAGAUGCCCGACGACUUCGGAUCACGUCGGUCCUGGAUUUUCCCGGGGUCGUGCAGCUCAAGAACGCACAGUUCGCGUACUGGCUGUUCGAGGACAAGGGGGUACUGACCAGCGAAGUCAACGUGAAGCAGGUCAUCUUUGCCCGACAAGUGACGGCCACAUCGCACGAUUCUGCGUCCACGCGGCACUUGAUCGACAAGCAUCGCUUGAAGAAGCGCAAGUUCAUCGGACCCACCUCCAUGGACCAUGAGCUCAGUCUCCUCAUGGCGAACUUGGCGCUCGUCGUCCCGUCCACCUUCGUCUGCGACCCCUUCGUUGGCACCGCCAGUGUGCUCGUCGCCUGCGCUCAAUUUGGAGCCAUGUGCGUCGGUGGAGACAUCGACCCGCAACCGCUUCUUGGCACUCGGCCAGGCAUCAACAUCGCGGCAAACUUUGCUCAAUAUGACCUUCCCGCCCCGGACCUUCUUCGCUGGGACGUCGCGCAUCCUCCGCUCGACCAACGUCAUAACUCGAUGCGUCUGCAGUUCGACGCGAUUGUGUGCGAUCCACCCUACGGCAUGAGGGAAAGCGCGCAAUCGACCUCCGUCGCCAUCGGUAAAGUCACCGCGUUGCCUCCGCAUGCGAUCUUGCCGCCGCUGCUCUUGUUCGCGGCGACUCACCUCGCUCCUCGAGGUCGUUUGGUGUACGUAAUGGCAUGCCAGAGGCGCGACACGAACGACUACGCCCAACAUGUCCCGUCGCACCCGCGUCUGCGCCAGCUGCAUGUAUGUGUUCAAGAAAUGACCCGGAAGUGGGUUCGGUUAUUCGUCAUUCUGGAGCGCAUGGAAGAAGAAGGGGAGAAUGCAGAACCCAAGACCCCUUCAGAAGGAAGCCGCCGCCCCAUCGUUCCAUUAUCAACAGAGUUGAGUGAUGUGCUAGAAGAUGUAAGGGGUCCGAUUAAGCGUACAUGCGGGCCGUCGUGCGCGCAAUGAUCUGCAGAAUUUCUUCGAUGUCGUCCUCCGAAAACUUCUUGUUCAUGCUCGGGAUAAGCGCCAUCGCUUCUUCCGAUUCUUCGGGGUUCAAAUUCGAUAAGCAGGCAAUCUCAAACUCUUCCAGCCGCACCUCGACGGCCUGUGUCGGAUCGUCCGGGCUCUCGCGCGUGAACUCGUACGUGAUCAGUGCCUCGCGCAGCUCCGUGACACUCGCCUGGUUUGCCACCGGGUCCUUUGUCCCCGAGAACCGCUGCACAUACGAAUACGUCUUCUGGAAUACCGAUGUCAGCGGCUUCUCCGAGCUCUCGUAAUCCGACUUUUGCUUCUCGAGAAUCACAGCAACCUCCGCAUUCGAUAAGCACGUUUCCUGCUGGAAGUCUUCCCCCAAGUUCAGUUCCGCAGCAUCCUCCGUGUCCAUCGCAUGCUGCCGUCCCAUCAUUGCAUGAUUCAUGAUGAUGCCGACCGAAAA